GUUCGAAGCCACGAUUCAUACCAGAGACCUUCAGGACCCACCAGAGCUCCGAACACUGAGUCCACCAUGAAUGGUGCGAGUCACACUCCAGCUACGCCGAACAACUACACACACAGCAAAUCUGGAAGUGCUCCAUCUCCUGCUGCGGUCGCCGAUGACAGCUAUGGUCACUACGGCAACGACGACGAGCAGCAAGACUUCCCCCCGCCGCCCUCCCCUGGCACUGUGGAGGAAAUGAACAGAGAGUUUUUGCUAAACCCUUCAUCCAACAGUGAGAUUCAGAAGGUGUCCCGCGCCGCUCAAGCUUUCUACGCAGAAAAUGCUAAGGACAACGUACCUCGCAACAGAGCGUCCAAGAGCAUGGACAUGGUGGCUGAUGAAAGCAACGUGGGAUCACUGGUCGGGCAGAAGAACAAGCCUUCAGAUGGAGGAGCACUCGGCCCCACCCUGGGCCUCAUGAAGUCCAGCUCCCUGGAGAGCCUGCAGACGGCCAUGUCUGAGGCGAAGCAGAGUCACAUCCAAGACCACGUGCCCUUUCAUCGCCCACGGCCGCACAUGGUCCGGGGGCGGGGAUGCAACCAGAGUUUCCGCAUCGCCAUUGACAAGUCGUAUGACGGACCUUCUGAAGACGACGACGACAUGUCAGAGCACAGCUCCGGUCACGAAACGCCCGCCAGCAGCUCGUCUCGCCAGGAUCUGGAUGCAGACGAUGGAAAGAAGAAGAAGAAGAAGAAGGAUGAAAGGAAGAAGAAGGAGAAGAAGACCAAAGGGAGGAAGAAGUCACUGGAUUCUGUGGAGGACACAGAGAAGAAGACCAAAAAGAAAGGAUUUGGCAUCUUAAGGUUUGGCAAGAAGAAGGAAGACAAGAGCAAAGAUGCAGCAAAAGCUUCAAAGAUCAAACUGGAGGCACUGAGUGAGGAGGAGCUGGACAGGAUCCCUGAUGACAGAGAUGGCUUCGACCCGCGUUACGCCGAGGUCCAAUCCGGCCCCGCCACCCCUGACCCGUCCUCCCUCCCUGACGUGGAGGACGAUGACAGCGACCCAAACUACGCUCGCAUCAACAACUUCCGCCAGCCGCCCUCGCCGCAGUCGUACAUCAGCCGUACGCCCUCCCCCGCAGUACCAGCCGGGGUGUCCGGCCCGCAGCAGGCGCCCUUCGAGGACAUCGACGGGCUCUACGCCAAGGUGAACAAGUCCAGAGCUCCGCCUGCUUCACAGACCCAGCAGCAGAAUCAGGCAGACAGUGAUCAGCGUCUCCAUGGAAUGCGCAGGGAGUACACGCAAGCCCGAGCCGCCCCGGGUUACGAGGAGCUAGACGCCGCACGGCGCCGAAUCCUGGAGUAUGAUCCAAACCGGAUGGCACCCAGAGGACCCGACUCUCGCCCUGACCACCAGUAUGAAGAAAUAGACCGACAGUACCUCACACAGCCCAGGAGGGAUCCAUAUGAUUACCCCACCCACUCCAGACCUGUGCCAAGAGAUUCCGGCCCCAACCACUAUCAGGACGCUCCAGGUGCGAGUAACUCGGGCCGUUUGCCAAUCCCUCAGUUGAGCACCCAGCAGCCGCUCAACAAUCCCCGCUACCACCCCUCUUCCCAGGCAGGACAGCAGCACCGUGCUGCCUUAAGACAGGACGUCCCUCCGUCACCCUCCGCGGGUCAAAGAGGGCGCCAGUACUACGACACCGUAGGGAGAAGAGACGGAUACCGGCAAGCCAGCCCCGGCCGCUACACCAGCCCAGAGAGAAACCCUGCCGUCAAGGAGCGUUACAACAGCCCCGACCGCUAUCGCUACGGUGACGAAAGACAGCCUGACCCAAGACGGAAGAAUCCCAUGAUAGGCGCGGUUUAAAACCGUACAGAUGCAAGUAACAUAAAGAGAGCGUGUUUGUGAAACAUAUCAGCUGUCACCUGGGCCGCCAGUGUGCAUCAGUGAAAUUUUUGCCAUAUUGAUUCAUGUAAUCAGAAGCUGUAAUGCAAAAAAAAAAUAGGGCUUGUUUUUUUGAGAAAGGGAGAUUUGUGUGUUGUGCGUUUGUUUCCAGCUGCGUGUAUCUAUUUGCUGGUGUGUCGCAGUGUAUAAGAAGAGGACACAAGAUUUUAUGAUGUCGAAAUUAAAUGAAGUUAAAUAUAUUAUAUAGAGUAAACUCCGUGCCAAACGUAUACAAUCAAGUAUAUUGAAAGCUAUGAAAGCAGAGCUGACUCGCAUUUUGCACAUGCUGAUCAAGCUGAAGGAAAUUAAAGAGGGAUCACCUUGACCCGUCAGACUGCUCCAGCACAGAGAGACGGGAAGCUAAAGUGGACAAACAGGAAAAGGAAGUAACACCCCCUUCUUCUUGUCCUUGAUGUUUAGUCGCUUGGACUUCCUUUACAUUCUGCUAACACACUGCUUCGUCCGUUUUUUUUGUAUUUUUACCUUUCCUUAUCUGGACGUGGCUUGCUCCGUGCUCAUUAACUGUGUAACUGAAUUUGCAUAUAAGAUGAGUGAUAUUUUUGUAGCGCUUCUAAUAAAAUGUAUAAAUCUCGAUCUGCUGCAGGCUCUUAUGGUAAGCUCCUUGUAACUCGUGGAAGACAUUAAUGAAACAUUUUAUCCUUUUAACAUAUCACCGCUAAGAGUCACUGCACUGAAAACGAAUUGUGUCAAUGGUGGUUUGAUUUAAACUUGCUGUCAAAUAAGUGCACAACUUCUUUUUUUUUUUUGUUUUGUACAACUAUUUUCCAUUAAAU